UUUAUAUGAAAUUCAACAAAAGAAACAAAAUGAAUCCAACAUUAGCUAAUAAAAUUGAAUUUAAGAAAUUAUGUAAUGUGCUGGAAGAAGUAUCUAAAGCACGUAUUGCUAAGAAAGCUGAUAUAUUGGAGCGAUUUAUCCAGGAAUGUCGUAUUAUAAGUCAUAAAUUAAAAACAGAGUUUUCGGAUGCGGAUGUUUCAUUCUUUCCUGUAUUAAGAUUAAUUUUACCGGACCUUGAACGAGAACGUGGAGCGCAUAACUUAAAAGAAAAAACCCUUAUUGCUCUCUAUAUUCGUGUAUUUUGCUUGGGGAAAGACAGUAAAGAUGCAAAUAAACUGAAACAAUACAAAACUGUAACUGGAAAAAAGAUCGCAGGACGUGAUUUCGCUGAAAAAGCUUAUCAUAUUUUACAAAAUCGUUUACCGCGUAAAAGUUCUGAUUUUACAAUAGAACAAAUUAAUUUAUUUCUUGAUAAUAUAUCGGCAAAAAAUGAAACUGAUCGAUAUAAAGAUGAAAUAUUUAAGAUUUUAAUAGAAAAAACAAACUCAUUAGAGUUCAAAUGGAUAACCCGAAUUGUUUUAAAAAAUUUAAAGCUUGGUAUUACAAGAAAAAGAAUAUUCCAAGUUUUUCAUGUAGAUGCAAAUUCACUAUUUGAUGUAUGUUUUAAUUUGCGACAAGUUUGUGAUACACUGGCUGAUCCUCAAAUGAGAUAUCAUCAUGACAUUCAAGUUUUUUCUCAUUUUAAACCUAUGUUAUUAGAGUAUUGUCAAAUUGAGGAUAUUGAAAAAUUGUUUAAUGAAGGAGAACAAUAUUUUGUGCAAUGCAAAUAUGAUGGUGAACGAUCUCAAAUACAUAUGAAAGAUGGCAAAUAUAUGUAUUUUACAAGACAAGGAUAUGAUAUUACAAAUAAUCCUGGUUAUGGAAAAACUAGUUCUUCAGGUUUUAUGAGUAGUGUAUUUAGUCGAUUGUUAAAUCCACAAAUAAAGUCAAUAAUUUUAGAUGGUGAAUUAUUAGGUUGGCAUAAAGAGAAGAAAUUAUUAGGUUCAAAAGGUAUGAACUACGAUGUUAAAAAGCUCUCAGAAAAUAGUCAUUAUCAGCCAUGUUUUGUUGCAUUUGAUGUUAUUAUGUGUAAUGAUACUUUGUAUAAUAAUGAACCCUAUGAAAAAAGGCUUGAAAUUUUAAAAGAUGUAUUUAAGGAAGAGGAGGAUUGUCUUUUAUUAUGUAAAUCUACUAGAAUUUCCAAGAGUGAGGAAUUAUGUAAGAUAUUUAACGAAUGUAUUGAAAGUAAGGAAGAAGGAAUUGUAGUAAAAAAAUGUGAUAGUAAAUAUAAACAAAAUAUACGAAAUGGUACUGGAUGUUACAAAAUAAAAGCUGAAUAUUCUGAAGGUCUUGUACAAGAUUUAGAUUUAAUUAUUCUUGGUGGAUAUGAAGGUGAUGGAAAAUAUAUGGGUUUAAUAAAAAGCUUUCUAAUGGGAGUAGCUUCUAUACCAGAUAUUCCUGGUGGAAAUCCCACAAAAUUUUUCUCUGUGGUAUCAGUUAGCAAUGGUCUUUCUAUGGAUACAUUAAAAGAACUUAUGAAAAUAUUUGAAAGCAAAUGGCAAACACAGUGCCCUGAGAAUGUGUUUCCUCCUAAAGGUGCUAAAUCGCCAAAUUUAUGGAUUCGUCCUGAAAAUUCUAUUAUUUUGACUAUAAAAGCAACAGAAAUAAUACAAAGUAGCGAUUAUCCAACCAAAUACAGUUUACGAUUUCCUAGAGUUACAAGCGUUAGAACUGAUAAACCAUGGUAUAACGUUUGUACAACUACUGACUUAACAUCAUUAAUUAAGGAUAGAAGACCAAUUCAAAAAUUAACAAAACGAGGAGUAUGUUACGAAGAUAUAAAAGAAGUACCUGAAAUUAAAGUACGUAAGACAACUAAACAACGUUCAAUAAAAGAUUUAGAAAAAUCAAUGAAGGCAAACAUUUCUGACAAUCCGCCGAUUCAUCUUACCCGACUUUUCGAUGAUAAAGAAAUUUGUGUGAUAAAUGGCGAUGAUGAGUUACCUAAAGAACAAAUUGAAAAAAUUCUUUUGCAACAUAGAGCAAAAGUUGUACAAACUCCUUUAAAGGAAAAUUACUGUGUUAUUGUUGGUAAUGUUAAAACGGCAAGAGCAAAUAAUAUUAUACAAAGUAAAAUGUACGAUGUGGUGACAUUGGAUUGGUUUAAACGAGUUAUUAAAGAAGAAAAUUGGUCAUCUUUGCAAGACUUUUUGCCAUGGGAUUUGAUAUCUAGUCGCGAUUCAACAAAACGGCGAUUAGAAUAUUAUUACGACGAGUAUUAUGAUCACUAUACCAUAGAUGCUAACGAGGAGAGUUUAUUACGUUCAUUCAAGAAAGUUGAAAAGACGGUGGAAAAUGCUAAACUUGAUUAUACAGAAAUAGAAAAAAUAGAUCAAGAACUGUUUGAUAGCAAUAUAUCACCUUAUUCUGUAUUUCGUGGUAUUGUGGGAUACUUUAGUGAUCAGUCAGACUUGUCAAAAUUUGUAUUUCGUUUUAUGGCUGGAACUAUCAGAGAAGUUAUAGACGAUUCUGUGACAAACAUUUUUAUCAAUAAUAAUUCCAUUGACCCUGAACUUCAAAAUUUGAUUGGCAGUAAGUCACAAACGUUAACAAUUAUUAAAAACGAAUGGAUUGAGCAGUGUUUUAAACAUAAAAGGAUUAUUCCUUAUUCUGAAUAUCUAAUUCAGUAA